CAGCAGCAGCUUCGUGCGUGAGCCGGCAGGGAUCUCUCCCUCCCAACUGACAGCCCAUCUUGGACACAGACGCUCUUUCACAACUGCCGACCGGCAGAGGUCGCUACAGGGAGCUGAUCCGGUCCGGCGUUCCGGAAACGGGUCCGGCGUUCCGGAAACGGGUCCGGUCUGGCUUUCACCAAAUCCCUAGAUCUCCCACUACCCCGUGUCUCCCCCGAUCUCCACCACCAGGCGGCUGUGCUGCUGCUGGUGGUGGUGUGCAGAGCACUGGGUGCAGCACAGCGCAUGUACAUCCCUCAUCCCUCCCUCCCUCGGCUCUGCAGCUCGGCAUAAAGAGCUAAGCACAGUUUCUGACGACCCAGUAGCACAGGCACUGCACACACACACACAUCUCCCAUCCAUCCCCACUGGCUGCAGAGACAUGGCUGUCCCCCUGUCUGACAGUGACAAGAGGAAGCAGAUCAGUGUGAGGGGCAUCGCGGGGCUGGGGGAUGUGUCCGAGGUCAGGAAGAGCUUCAACAGACACCUGCACUUCACCUUAGUGAAAGACAGGAACGUGUCCACCCCCAGAGACUAUUACUUUGCCUUGGCUCAUACUGUCCGGGACCACCUGGUGGGAAGAUGGAUCAGGACCCAGCAAUACUACUACGAGAAGGAUCCCAAGCGUAUCUAUUACCUCUCUCUGGAAUUCUACAUGGGCCGGACACUGCAGAAUACAAUGCUGAACCUAGGCCUCCAGCACGCCUGUGACGAAGCUGUAUAUCAGCUGGGCCUAGACAUGGAGGAGUUGGAGGAGAUAGAAGAGGAUGCGGGUCUUGGUAAUGGCGGACUGGGACGCUUAGCAGCUUGUUUCCUUGAUUCCAUGGCUACUCUGGGCCUAGCAGCGUAUGGCUACGGGAUCCGGUAUGAAUUUGGCAUAUUCAACCAAAGGCUUAUAAAUGGCUGGCAGGUUGAGGAGGCUGAUGACUGGCUGCGAUAUGGUAAUCCCUGGGAGAAGGCCCGACCGGAGUACAUGCUUCCAGUGCAUUUCUAUGGAAAGGUGCAACACUCAGCUGAAGGUGCUAAGUGGGUGGAUACUCAGAUAGUUCUGGCGAUGCCCUACGACACUCCAGUUCCCGGCUAUAAGAACAACACUGUAAACACCAUGCGGCUCUGGUCAGCAAAGGCACCCAAUGAGUUCAACCUACAAGAGUUUAAUGUUGGUGAUUACAUAGAGGCUGUAUUGGAUAGAAAUCUGGCUGAAAAUAUCUCCCGUGUUCUGUACCCCAAUGAUAAUUUCUUUGAAGGUAAGGAGUUGCGGCUGAAGCAGGAGUACUUUGUCGUAGCUGCCACCCUGCAAGACAUCAUCAGGCGAUUCAAGUCUUCCAAGUUUGGAUGCCGGGACCCCGUUAGAACUUGCUUCGACACAUUCCCAGAUAAGGUUGCCAUACAGCUCAAUGACACUCAUCCUGCACUUGCCAUUCCUGAGCUUAUGAGGAUUCUAGUAGACGUGGAAAUGAUGGAAUGGGACAAGGCCUGGGACGUAACAAAGAGGACCUGCGCUUAUACCAAUCACACCGUGCUACCCGAAGCUCUGGAGCGCUGGCCAGUUCACCUGUUUGAGAAGCUGCUGCCCCGCCAUCUGGAGCUUAUCUAUGCAAUCAAUCAGAAACACCUAGAUGAAGUGGCAGCCAUGUAUCCUGGCGAUAUGGAUCGUCUGCGCAGGAUGUCCGUCAUUGAAGAAGGGGAUUGUAAAAGGAUAAAUAUGGCUCAUCUUUGUGUGAUUGGAUCUCAUGCAGUGAAUGGUGUGGCGAGGAUCCACUCAGAGAUAGUGAAGAACUCAGUCUUCAAGGAUUUCUACGAUCAAGAGCCACAGAAAUUUCAGAACAAGACAAACGGCAUCACCCCAAGGAGAUGGCUGAUGUUGUGCAACCCAGGCCUAGCUGAUAUUAUUGCCGAGAAAAUUGGUGAAGACUUUGUCACUGACUUGACCCAGCUGAGGAAACUGUUGGACUUUGUAGACGACGAGAGCUUUGUGCAUGAUAUAGCUAAAAUCAAGCAGGAAAACAAACUGAAGUUCUCUGCUUACUUGGAGAAGGAAUACAACAUUAAGAUCAACCCUUCUUCCUUGUUUGACUUACAAGUCAAAAGAAUCCAUGAAUAUAAAAGGCAACUCCUAAAUUGUUUACAUAUCAUAACUUUGUACAACCGGAUCAAAAAAGAUCCUUCCAAAACAUUUGUGCCAAGAACAGUUAUGAUUGGAGGAAAGGCAGCUCCUGGGUAUCAUAUGGCGAAAAUGAUAAUCAAACUAAUUACAUCUGUUGCGGGUAUUGUGAACAAUGAUCCUGUAGUUGGGGACAGACUAAAGGUUAUAUACCUGGAGAACUACCGUGUGUCUCUAGCUGAGAAAGUGAUCCCUGCUGCUGACCUAUCUCAGCAGAUCUCCACUGCAGGCACCGAGGCUUCUGGCACCGGGAACAUGAAGUUUAUGCUGAAUGGUGCUCUUACCAUUGGUACAAUGGAUGGGGCCAAUGUGGAAAUGGCAGAGGAGGCAGGCGAGGAAAAUCUGUUUAUCUUUGGAAUGAGAGUGGAGGAUGUGGAGGCUCUUGACAGGAAAGGGUACAAUGCUAAAGAAUACUAUGAUAAGAUCCCAGAGCUGCGGCAAGCGAUUGAUCAGAUCAGAGACGGCCGCUUUUCUCCCAGGGAACCAGACCUGUUCAAGGAUGUUGUCAAUAUGCUGAUGAACCAUGACAGGUUUAAGGUGUUUGCAGACUAUGAAGACUAUAUGAAAUGCCAAGCAAAGGUGGACCAAUUAUACAUGAACCUCAGGGAGUGGACCAAGAAGGUGAUCAAGAACAUUGCAUGCUCUGGCAAGUUCUCCAGUGACAGGACCAUUAGUGAAUAUGCCACUGAAAUCUGGGGAGUGGAACCCUCAGCCGUGAAGAUUCCUCCACCCAAUAUACCCAGGGAAUAGAUGCGAGGAGAUGCAUGUGCUCACCGUCCUCCAAUCAGGACUAGUUCUUUGUCCACCAGUUGUGAUAGCAGCUUUCCCAUCGGAGCAUAGUCUUGUCUUUGGGCAAAAAAUCCUGAUUGUGUUGUCUUACACCAACUUUCUGCAGUUAUACUCUCAUCAUUAUAACCUGCUAUGUAUUCUACACUAGAACCGGCCACACACCCAGGCCAGUGUCCUUACUGCAACAAGCAAAGGUCUCCUUUAAAUCAUUGGCCUUGCUUCAGUAUGGUAGGAAAUAGUGGAGCAGUAGCAAUCCCAAAUUAUAUUUUAUAGGUAACGCAGAAUUCACUUAUUUGUGCUGGAUGUAGCUUAAUUUCCAUGAAUCAUAAAUGAACAAAAUACGUGUGAUCCACUAAAUAACAAUUAAUUCUAUAAAGUAUAUGUACUUAAGUACACUAAAAAUAUUUUUAACAGAUUUUUUUAUUGUCCCGUUUCACCAAAUACAUCAUUAGGAAGCACAGGUGAGAUCUCUCCGAUUGCAUCUCAUUUAAUCAUUCACUGUUAUACUGUUUCACUAGAACACUUUGGUCAGAUAGCAGUAACUGUUUUUAUUUUUAAGAGUUUUAGUAUAUGAUCACUGUGUCUCGGAAGUGGUAGUGGUGUUAGGGAGGGACUAGUACAUAGCUUUCUCACAGAGGGCAUGUACUCUUACAUAGGAUAAUACAACAAAGCCCAAAAGCACAGAGGAUAUCUGACCUUGCACGUUGCAGGAUAACCCGUCCUCAGCGGCGGAAUGGUGCACUGAGUACGCGUCGCUGUUAUAUAAGCCAUUCGGGAAAGUCCUGUGCUGAGGAAAGAGUCUGAAGAACUGUAAUGGGAGCAAUUAGUAAUGGUUUACUCUUGUUGCAGCUUAGUAUUAGAUGUCAAAAUGCAACGUUUCCAAUGCUGCAGCGCUCCAUCUAUAAGAAUGCAUCAUUCAUAUCUGUGCUCAAGGACGAGCAAGCUUUGUGUGAAGCAUUGUAUUUCAUGUGUUGUCUUUGUAAAGACGAUGUUGUUUUAGCAUUUGUGUGUGUGUGAUUCCAAAGUACUGUAUUUCUAACUAAAGAUAUGCACGUUAACACAUCCUU